AUGGUUCAAUUAAGUGAUAUUUUGAGUUGCCCCGAUAACACUGACGCUUUAGCAAAUUAAAUUAUUUCAGGAUAAGAAUACGAUGUCCUCUAGAAGGCAAUUUAAAAUUUAAGCAUUGAUGAUCAAAAGCUCGUUUUUACUUAAAAGUUCUUAAAGAGCUUGAUAUCUAUGUACUCUAAAAUAGACAUUAAAAAUAUGCAGACCAUCGGUGAAUUUAUAGUUAAAACUCUCAAGGACAAAAUGUUUUUCGAAUACGAAGUAUAUCAAACUCGUGUUGAAUUGAGUAAAGUUUAUGAGGGUAUGAACCAACCCUAUCUUGCAGGUCAAAUAUUGGCUUAGGUUAAUUAUGACUCUCCUAAAUUACAAUUAAGUGUUAAAGAAAAGGUUGAUAAAUACCUUUCAAUUAUUACCUUCUUCUUUGAAAUGGAAGAAUAAACUGCUGCUGAAACUUGGAUCAGCAAAGCAGGUAACAUCAACUAUGAUUUAAUCGAUGAUAAAUAUUACAAAUUCAGAUACGAGAAUUUAUUCGCUGUCAACUUGGAUUUCCAAAGAAAGUUUUUACCUGCAGCUCAAAAGUAUUACUAUUUAUCAAACUACCCUGACAUUGACUUUGAAGAAGCUAAUUUGCUCUUAAAUGCUGCUUCUCAAUGUGCUAUUUUGGGUAAUGCAGGUCCACUUAGAACUCGUAUCCUUGCCACCCUUUAUAAAGACGAAAGAAUUCAGUCUAUUCCUAACUUCGAAAUGCUUGAGUUGACUUACAUGCAAAGAAUAGUUAGCAAGGAGUAAAAGGAUAAAUUUGCUGGAUCUUUGAAAAAGCAUCAAUUAUAAAUUUUAAGAGAAAACUUCACAGUCUUAGAUGAAGCUAUCUUACAACAUAACAUCACAGCUGUAUCUUAGGUUUAUGAAUCUAUCACAAUGAAGUCAUUAUCUCGUUUGGUCUACAUCGGAAGAGAUAUCGUGGAAGUAUGCAUCCAAACUAUGAUUGAAGAAAAAAGAAUUAAUGCCAAGAUUGACUAGUUAAUUGAUACAGUAAGUUUCUAAAGAGAUGAAGAUAUCCCUGUAGAUUUUAAUGACAGAAUUAGCUAAUUCUGUGGUAGACUUAAUGAAUUCUAUGAAAAAAUUACUGCCAAGUGA